AUGGAUCCAGCCGAGGUUACUCACGGCUGCUGUUUCAGGGUCGAUCCCGCUCCCAACUUUUCGUGUAUGAAUGGAAAGAGGCUGCGGCAAUCUGCGACGCCGGCUGACCCCGUGUCCAAGGUGCUCGGCGACGACAACCUACUCAUCGAGAUCCUCCUCCUAAUCGGCUAUCCAACUACCCUCGUCCGCGCUGCUCUCGUCUGCAAGCGCUGGCUCUGUCACGCCUCCGACCCCGCCUUCCUCUGCCGCUUCCGCAAGCUCCACCCGCCCCACCUCCUUGGCUUCUAUGUCGACUCCGGUAAGUUUUGUAACAGCUCAUGCUUCAUGCCGAUGCUACCAAACCCUCCAGAGUUCAACUCCAUCAUCCGCUCUGCAAGCUCCAUCCUGGAUGCCUGCAGUAACACACGUAAAAUCAUCUUGGACUGCUGCAAUGGCAACGUCUUCAUGAACACGUUCAAGAACAACAUUGGAGAACCCGGAUCAGAAAAUAUAGUGCUCAGCCUGCUCUGCCCUGAGAGGGGCAUGGUCGUCAUCCCACCAUACCCACAACACAAACUCCAAGAUGGCUAUUUCUGCACUUUCAGUGAACUCUUUUUCAAAGAAUGCGGCAAUGACUUGUCCUACUUCUAUGUAUGGAUGGAAUAUUCUAAGGAGCGAACAAAAUCUACGGUACACAUGUAUAUGUUGCAAGAUGGUGUCUGGUGUGUGCAUGCCUCGGCAACGACGCAGCUCCCUUGUCUGCCACAGGAACUAAAUCGUCUGCUUGUUGGCAAUAAAAUCUAUAUGGCGUCCACCCAGAGCGAAAUUCUUGUCUUGGAUUUGACAGCCUUAAGUUCCUCCACAUUUCAGCUUCCACAAGGGCUUGUUAUCAGUGACAGACGAACCAUGUUGUCAAGCGCAGAUGAUGAUUCUGGCAUGUAUCUCAUUCAUUUGGACGAGCUUCAGCUCUGCAUCUGGCUGCACACAGGGGAUAACUGUUUGCUGGUGGAUACCAUAUGUUUGCGUGAGAUGUGUGCUAAAUGGAGGAUGCCUGAUCACACACAUGAGGUGUGGAUGAAGCAGGUGGGGCGCAAUGCUGAGUUUGUUUUCUUGGAGAUGGGUCCAUGCCUACUCUAUUUGGAUAUCAAGUGCAGGAUGCUGUAUAAAGUGUAUGAGAGGACAAGCGAGAUUCAGUGGUUGGGUUUUAUCCGUCCUUUUAUGAUGAUCUGGCCUCCCACAUUCCCUGCGCUCAAGGAUGAUCCUGCAAGGAAGAGGAGGAAGGUCGAGGAUCAAAGAAGCGUGAGCUGCAUUUAA